CCACAUCUGAGCUUUGGUCUGGGUUGUUUGGGCGGUGUUGACUUUCCAUUGGGUUAAUUGGCCACUGCCAUUGAAACAUUGAAUAUCUGGUUAUGUUCCUUCCCUUGUAUGCACCCUUUGGCGCUGUAUAAAAUAGACAGCUGGGACAUGUGAAAUAAAAGGUCAGAAAGACCCCUGCUCCAUAAGAGGGAAAAAAAUAAAGAAUAAAACUAAACGACGGAGGGAAAGUCAGGCAUACGACAUGGCAAUCAAAACAACAAACCCAUCAGGCGAAACGUCCUCGCCGUCAAAGAUUGUCGUUAUUGGCGCGGGCAUACUUGGCCUCACAUCUGCGCUCACGCUGCAGCAAGAAUACCCUACAUCGAAAAUCAUCAUCGUGGCCGAGUCUCUUCCUCUCAAUCAGCAAUUUUCAGCGACCUCCUCUGCCGACUACGCAUCUGCCUGGGCCGGCGCGCAUUACCGGCCAAUUCCUUUUCUCACCGAUCCGUCCUCAUCGCAAACGCCGGCAUUACAUCGUCAACUUGCGGAAGAAGCUCAGAUAACGCGGCGUGCCUUUGAGGUUUUUAAAAAGGAAUCGUCCGACCCGGCCAAUGGCAUCAUCCUUGUGGAUGGUGUGGAAUAUUUUGAGAAGCCGGCUCCAGAACAUUUGCAAUUGAAGGAUGGAAGCGUAUAUGCCGGCGAUAAUGACGAUUUUCAAAUCAUCCCGUCUCGGGAAUUGCCCGAGGGCGUGAAGUGGGGAUACAAAUAUAAGACAUUCUGCGUUAGCCCGAAUGUCUACUGCCCGGUGCUGCUGAGGCGGUUUGUGGACAGAGGAGGGAAAGUUGUGCAAAAGAAGUUGGCGAGGGUAGAGGAUGCGUUUGGUGUGGAUGACGGUGGGCUGGCUUCUGGCGGUGCUUCAUGUCCUUCUUUGCGUCAGGAUUCAUCAGAAGAGACAGAAAGGACAGACAGGACAGUUGUGGUCAAUUGCUCUGGUCGUGGAUUCAAUGACCCUAAGAGCUUCGUGAUUCGUGGUCAGACGGUACUAGUCGAGAACGACUGCGGCCUGCAGACGAUUACAAGACAGAAUUCCGAUGGCACAUGGACAUUCUUAAUCCCUCGAGCGCUUGGUGGCGGGACAGUCGUUGGAGGAACAAAAGAAGUCGGCGACAUGACUGAUGUGCCCAGACCGGAGACCAGAGAGAAACUCCUCAAGGCAGCGGAACGAUGUUUUCCCUGGAUCCUGAAGCCGGGAGAAAAAUGGCAAGUCAUCAGGGAUAAUGUAGGCCGGAGACCGGCAAGAGAAGGGGGUAUCAGGUUAGAAGUCCAGAGCGUCGCUCCCGGGAAAAGCAUUGUUCAUGCGUACGGUGUUGGUGGGAGAGGGUAUGAGAUGAGCUGGGGCGUUGCUGAGAAGGUCCUGGGCUUGGUUUCUGAUUUGAUAGAGGAUCAUGUCCUGCGGGCGAAGCUAUAAUUAUCU